AUGGCUGAGUGGGUACGAAAAUCAUCCCUGCCCAACCCCAAGAUGGACACAUUUAUCCCAAAAUUUUCUUUCCAGAUCAUGAACCCCUUUACCCAGUCCCCCCUGCACUUAUGGGGCACAGGGAGCCCCAGAACUGGUCAUAUCCUUGGCCUUGGGCAGUUAAAGCUGAAGCAACCUGAAAUAUCCAUUUCCAGGGCAGUCUAUAAGAGUGCCCAGAUACCUUGUAAGGUGUCUUCUGGCACCUUUAGCAGUGAUUACAUUCACUGGUACCGGCAGAAACCAGAUCAGGGUAUAAAACAUUUAAUAAAUGUUGUCUCCACAACUAUUGUUGGUGGGAAGAACAACAAACUUGAGGCAAGUAAAGAUUCUCAAACUUCCACUUCCACCUUGAGAAUAAAUUUCUUAGAAAAAGAAGAUGAGGCCGUGUACUUCUGUGCCUGCUGGACUGGCAUACACAGCCUUUGUUUUUCAUUCAUGUAUUUAAAACUCUUCGGUGAUGGAACAAAACUUACCGUCACAGAUAGAAGCUAUGGUCCAGAAUACUACCCCAAGCCCACUAUUUUUCAACCUUCAUCUGCUGAAAUAAGCCUUCAUAAGGCUGGAACACAUAUUUGUCUUCUUGAGAAAUUUUUCCCUGAUGUUAUCAAGGUGUACUGGAAGGAAAAAAAUGGCAAUGCAAUUCUGGAAUCUCAGCAGGGAGAUGCCAUGAAGACUGAUGACACAUACAUGAAAUUCAGCUGGCUGACCGUGAGUGAAGAGUCGAUGAAUAAAGAACACAAAUGUAUCGUCAAACAUGAGCAUAAUAAAGUGGAUCAAGAGAUUCUUUUUCCUGCAAUAAAGAAAGAUCAUACAAGAGAAGUUUAUCUGGAAGACAAAAGUGAUAUACUUCAGCUGCAGCUCAUCAAUACCUCUGCCUACUACACCUACCUCCUCCUCCUCCUCAAGAGCCUGGUCUACUUUGCCGUCAUUUCCUUCUGUCUGGUUCGGAGAACAGCAGCCUGCGACCAUGGAAAGAGUUCUUAACAGAUAAUGGCACAAAAGAAUCAGUGUUCUUUUCCUUUUUUUUUGCCUCUGAACCUGUCUGCUGAGGAUCUAGCUGAACUUUCUUUCUGGGUUUGGAUGAAUUCAGUCACAUGUGCAUUUUUCUAUUAUGUCAUUUUUGCAUAAUGGUUUUCAAACCACUGGCCAAAAGAAAAUCCCACUGUGUGACAAUAACAAAUCCUGACAUUACUCAGGGGCAGGGCCAAAGGGUACCCUUUAGCACCAUCUUCCCAUAAUCCCCAGCAGCUCUCUAGCCAAGCCUAAUAAUCACGCCUUCUGAGUACAGACAGCACGCAGCCUCUAAUCACACUCCUUAGUGCUUUUGCACCAGAUAACUGCCCUGAACUUUCCAUUUUACACACCCAGAAGAUGCCAUAUUUGCUACUU